AUGUUGUUUGUCGCUUCGCUCGGCGUUCUGGCGCUCUCCGUCAACCAGGCUUUUGCUGGUCCGGUCAUCACUCGAGAUGAUAAUGCUGCUGCAGCAAAUGUCACCACCUGCAAUGGCAAACUUUACACCUACGAAGAGCUAGCAGGUUAUGGAAAAAUUGUCAGCGAUGCUCGUGACAAGUUCGGCGACACGAUUGGUGGUAUUGGAAGCGCCAUUGCAUUCGAAAAGAAGUCGUGGAAGUACAAGAAAGGCUCCUACCAGGGUGUCGUUUGGGGUCUGCCUGACCGCGGCUGGAAUACACAGGGUACCCAGAACACUCAGACCCGCAUCCACAAGUUCAGCGUUGUCUUCACACCGGUUGAAGCAACCCUUGAGAAACCGGCCAGCCCGAACUUCCAGUUCUCUUACAUCGACACUCUACUUCUCACUGGACCUGAUGGUACGCCCUUGACUGGUCUGGAUCCGACGGAGACCAUUACGUACCCUGGGUUUCCCACUAUUCCUUUAGCUAGAUACACUGGCAACGGCUUCGGCCAAAAUGGAACAGGUGGUGCUCGCGUUCCGCUAGACACCGAAGGCCUUGUCCUCGGAGACGACAAGACUUUCUGGAUCAGUGACGAAUACGCCGCGUACGUCUACCAGUUCGAUAAGAAGGGCAAAAUGAUCAAGGCUGUUCGCACCCCCGAGGCUCUUGUUCCCCGCCGUAACGGAACUGAAAGCUUCAACGCGGCUUCUCCACCCAUUUACGACCCGGAUGUAGAGAUCACGCCCGAGGAUCCCGACAGUGGCAGAGGCAACAACCAGGGCCUGGAAGCUCUGACUGCCAGUCCAGAUGGCAAGUACCUCUACACCAUGCUCCAAAGUGCUACUAUCCAGGACGGGGGCAGCUCCGCAAAGAAGCGUCGCAACACUCGCCUCCUUAAGUACCGUGUCAAAGACGACCAGACCACGCUAGAGGCGGAAUAUGCUGUUCAGCUUCCUGUGCUACCAACAGGGCGCGUCGCCAGUCAGUCUGAGAUGCACUACAUCUCCGAAACUCAGUUCCUCGUCCUAGCGCGCGACUCCAACGCUGGUCAUGGAGCUGAAAGCACGUUGUCCAUCUACCGCAACGCGGAUGUGAUCGACAUCUCUAAAGCCACUAACGUCGCAGGCACAGCGGCCGAUGACAUUAAAGGACAAAUUGCAAGCAAAGAUGGUGUCUUGAAGAGCAGCAUCGUGCCUGCUACUUACUGUCCGUGGCUGUCUUUCAACAACAACGACCAGCUCGGCAGAUUUGGUCUCCACAAUGGCGGCGAACAGGACGCGAAUCUGCUGAAUGAGAAGUGGGAGAGCUUCGCUAUGUUGCCCGUUGACAAGGACGACAAGAUUGGUAGGAGCGAGAGGCAAGAUGAGGAUGAAGGAAAGCAGUACUAUCUAGUGUCUUUCUCCGACAACGACUUCAUCACUCAGAACGGAUACAUCAACUUUGGUCAGAACAAGUACGUGGAUGCGUCUGGUUACAACCUUGACAACCAGGUUUUGGUGUUCAAGGUCAAGCUUCCAAAGGGAGCGAACCCCUUGUAG